GCUAUUGUUUUAACCAAAUCAAGUGUAGAUCAGGGUAGAAGCGUAGGUAUGAUUUAAGAUAGUAACUAAGGAAUAGGAUAAUCAGUAUCUAGGGGUGGGGGUUAGUUAACAUGUGUAUAAUUUAAACUAUAAAAAUCACGAAUCGACUCUGUAUCCUUCGGACAUAAGAUUUGGGUGUAUUAUCACCCCUGUGUCCCGCGCGCUUGAAUAAAGAACCGCAUAUGAUCGCCUUCGUGUGGUUAUAUGUUUUCCUACGCUAACAUUUUUGGCGACCCAGAUGGGACCUUGUGGGCGCAGCCAGGACCCCGCGACCCGAUCACGCUCCAGCCGGCACCGGGUGAUUUCUCGGGGAGCCCAUCGGAGCCGCGACCCUCGCCGCUCACAACGACCCCUGGUGAGAGUAGGAACAUCCAGAAAGUGGAAGAAAAACUCAGCUCACCUGGACUCGAUUACCGAUGGGGUACAAGGGGUCCCCCACUCUCUUUGGAAGUCAACUGGCAAAAGAACUGGAAAUCUGGACCAGAGAAGGGCAAGUACCAAGAGACCAAUAUUUAUUACUCCAGUAUGUAGAUGACAUUUUGAUUGCAACAGAGGAAGAAAUGACCUGCAUAAAGGUAACCAUUGAGAUCUUAAAUUCAUUAGGAAUAGGAGGGUAUAAGGUAUCCAGAGAAAAAGCACAAAUUGCCCAACAGACUGUGAUUUACCUGGGAUGUGAAAUCUCACAAGGGCAGAGAAAACUGGGUACUAAUCGUAUUCAAGCUAUCUGUGCUAUUCCAGAGCCCCAGAAUCUACACGAGCUGCGGAUCUUCCUCGGAAUGACAGGGUGGUGUCGCCUGUGGAUCAUGGACUAUGGACUGAUUGCAAAACCCUUGUACGAGGCUCAGAAGACGCAGCCGUUCACCUGGGGCAAACCACAGAAAGAGGCCUUCCAGAAGUUAAAAGAAGCACUGACAACUGCUCCUGCUUUGGGGUUACCUGACCUGUCUAAAGACUUUCAGCUGUACGUGCAUGAAAGGCAGCGACUGGCACUGGGAGUCCUGACCCAACGACUGGGAAGCUAGAAAAGGCCGGUGGGUUACUUUUCCAAACAACUCGACAACGUAAGUGCCGGAUGGCCUUCAUGUCUGCGGGCAGUGGCAGCUACCGUGCUGCUGAUACAAGAAGCCAGGAAGCUCACGAUGGGAAGACACAUAGAUGUCUAUGUGCCACACAUAGUAACUACAGUCCUGGAACAAAAGGGGGGCCAUUGGCUCUCUCCAAGCCAGAUGAUGAAGUUUCAGGUAACCCUGACUGAGCAGGAUGAUGUUGCACUAAAAACAACUAACCUCUUGAAUCCAGCUCUAUUUCUAGGUGCCACAGCUGAAGAAGGUCCAUUAGAGCAUGACUGUCUAGAAGUCAUCGAGCACACUUAUUCAGCAAGAACAGAUCUGAAGGAUGUCCCCCUGGAGCAACCAGAGUGGGAACUCUUUACAGAUGGAAGCAGCUUCAUGGAGAACGGAGCCAGAUACGCGGGAUAUGCGGUAACUACAAUUGAUGUAGUAAUAGAGGCAAAAUCACUACCACCUAACACGUCUGCACAAAGGGCAGAACUAAUCGCAUUAACCAGAGCACUCGAGCUGAGUGAAGGGAAGACAGUGAAUAUUUGGACUGACUCCAAAUAUGCCUUU